AUGAAGUCUGUUGACCCACAGCAUAGGUUGGCAAGGUGGAUCAACGCACCUACAUCGGGCCUUGAGCUCAUCCAUGAAAAUAUCGUCCAUAACCACCAGGGUACCCCGGUAGGUCGGUGGCAAAUAUCAGUACGAUCCUACCGGUCAGCCACUGGUGCGGCAGUGAAUGCGUCGCAGAGUGCUGGUACAUCCGCUUUCCCGGAACGAUCCAUGUGGGCCCUCACCAUGAAUGACAACGUGUUCGUACUGCUUGAGGACCUCGCCGCUCCGUACCACUCAGAAGUCGCAGCGGCCGCUCAAGCGCACACGCAAGCACAGGCUCAAGCGACGCAGUCGUCUGAACACGGGCACACACACGCCGCGCAUCAUCAGCCGUUCAUUGGGCCACCCCACUAUCGGUCCACAUUUGUAACUUUGAGCCCUCCGGGAGCGUUGGAAGAGCUCAUUGAUCAACUGGGAGCGCACUGGAAACCAGUCCGGCAGUCCGGAGCUCCGCCUAACAGGAAUCAACCUGCCCAGCGAGUUGCCCAGGGUCAGCAAGUGACGGUAGAAGGCGCCAUAUAUAAGAUUGGCACGGACUGGCUUGUGAGAGCAGGGCAUGUGAUUCUUGCGGGGGGCGCGCUGAAGGGCAUGCUGUUAGAGGCUGAAUAUCUACCCUUACCUACAAUCACCUCCUUUAAGACGCCAGAUGGUACCUCGCGACUGGUGACUGAUCUACUCCUGAACAUCCUUCCGAACGUACAGGAUGCGAAGACCGUUGCUGUCACCAUCAGUGGUGCCCAGUUGGAGGAGAUGUUAUGGUGUUCUGAGGGGGACGCCGCUGAACGCGAGGCUCUAACGAACGACUCGAGGGACCCCGAUGAUGACGUUUUCGCAUACGGUGAUGAUCACUGGCCCACUGCAAAGAAAGGCGACUGGACUGGGAUAGAUCGUGAUAAACACUCGGCUGUACAUGUCAUCGGUAUCUUGCGGAGCGAAGGGAUAAUGUAA